AUGGCCUCAAUGACCAACAUUUUGAAGAAUAUGAAUAUGGGAGGAAGUGUACAACCAGUCGCUGCCAUUCAAAGGGCAGAAAUCUCUUGUGUGUACUGUGGUGAUGGGCAUACUUUUGAAAAUUGCCCUUCAAAUCCAGCUUCAGUUUGCUAUGUGGGUAAUCAAAACUUCAACCGCAGCAACAAUCCAUACUCAAACUCCUACAAUCCGGCAUGGAAGCAUCAUCCGAACUUUUCAUGGGGAGGUCAAGGGGCAAGUUCAAGUGGAGCACAACAAGCACAAGGAAAGCAAUCAUUUCCACCGGGUUUUUCUCAACAACCAAGACCUCAACAACCUCACCAACCUCAAGGCUCUCAAACUAGUUCUUUGGAGAGCUUAAUGAGAGAUUAUAUGGCCAAGAAUGACGCUGUAAUUCAAAGCCAAGCAACAUCUCUUCGGAAUCUUGAAGUUCAAUUGGGGCAACUGGCUAAUGAUUUGAAGAAUAGACCACAAGGCACUUUGCCUAGUGACACUGAAAACCCAAGAAGAGAUGACAAAGAGCAUUGCAAAGUGAUAACCUUGAGAAGUGGAAAAAUUCUUGAGUCAAAUGUGGCUGCAACAGGCAGUAAAGAGCCCUCUUCAAUCCAAAAAGAGGGGGAAAUGAAGAAAAAACCAGCAAUUUCAGCUGCUGAAAUUCCCCCAGUAGUUACAGCAUCCAGUCAGCAUUCUGCUGCAGAAAAGUCUUUGCAAAAGCCACCGCCACCAUUUCCUCAACGGUUCAAGAAGCAACAAGACGAUGGUCAAUUCCGGAGAUUCCUUGAUGUUCUAAAGCAGCUCCACAUUAAUAUACCAUUAGUGGAAGCUUUGGAGCAAAUGCCAACCUAUGUGAAAUUUUUAAAGGAUAUUUUGACAAAGAAAAGGAGGCUUGGCGAGUUUGAAACUGUCGCUUUGACGAAGGGCUGUAGUGCUAUGUUGAAAAGUAAAAUUCCACCCAAAUUGAAAGAUCUGGGCAGCUUUACAAUUCCAAUUUCUAUUGGGGGUCGAGAUGUUGGAAGAGCUCUUUGUGAUUUGGGAGCUAGUAUUAAUCUCAUGCCUAUGUCUAUUUUUAAGAAGUUGGGAAUUGGAGAAGCAAGACCAACCACCGUCACUUUGAAAUUAGCGGAUUGUUCCAUGGCUCAUCCAGAGUGA